AUGAGCCAAUCUCCAACCAGUCGCGGGGCGACGAAGAAGAGCCGUUACGACAUGAAAAGAGAACGGAAUGUUCGGCUUCACUACGGGGCCGCCUUCUGCAAUAUACCACGCGUUGACAAUCUGGCCACUCAUGUCCCCCACCCAUCUCACGACUCGACUCUGACGGCUUUGUGUCAGCUGACCGCUAUCCGCAUGGGAGGCCAGAGAGCUAUGAUCUCAAUUCUCGAAGAGGAAAGACAACAUAUUUUAGCAGAAGCUACCUGUGAUUCCCUUCUCCACCCAGACACAACAAAGGAGGCGCAGGGUUCGUUGUGGGCUGGAAGUGUUAGCAUUCCUCGUAAUCUGGCGUUAUGCGAAAAUGUAUUGGAUCUUAGUGGUGAGAAUAAUGUCUUGGUUAUCAACGAUCUUGUGGAACAUAAAAAAGCUGACCUUCAGGGUGCUGUUUACAGCAACCCUGAUGCGCGCUUUUAUGCUAGUAUAGCACUUGUGUCUCCAGACGAUACAAUAGUCGGGACGUUAUGUGUCUUUCACAACCAACCUCGGGACGGCCUGACCAGUGAGCAACUUAGUCUUUUCAAGGAUCUGGCAUCGACCGUUAUCGGGUACUUGGACACAUACACAAUCAGGGAUCAGUACAGUCGAGGAGAAAGAUUUACGCGCGGCCUUGUCUCUUUCGUCGAAGGUGCGACAACUCUAUUGCCUUUUGAGCACACCGAACAACAAAACCCAUCAUCGACACCUCAAGAAUCUCCCGACCUAUCUUCGGAAACAAAAGGAGAUCCUCUCUCUACAUAUGGCAGGGGAAGAACGGAGGUGGACGAUCCAUCACCGGACAAUUCGCCCUCCCCGACCCAUAAGGCAACUACCGCGAGAUUUGCAAGGCAUCAAGCAAUAGGAACACUUCAAGACGCUAUUCUGCCCAUGGACUCAAAAUCAAUGUUUUCUCGUGCGGCGAAUGUCAUGAUGGCCUCGAGUAAUUUGGAUGGGGUGCUUAUACUAGAUGCAAGCGUGGCAGCAAACGGAGGCCAACAGCGCAGCAACACCACUUCUCGAACCAGGAGCAGUGUCGAUUCUCUUUCUGAAUCUUACCAAUGUAAGGUAGUAACUGACCUUACCCGAAAUCUUACAGGUCAGUCGCUUGCAGUCGCUGUUUCUAGCGAAAAGCAGAAAUCAGCAUUUGGUUCGUUGUUAGAGUCUGAUCUUGCCCGUAUGCUCCACGGAUAUCCACAUGGCAAAAUCUUCACUUUCACAGCUAGCGAUAUAUUUGUAUCCUCGGAUGAGACUACCUCGAGCCCUUAUUUCACCGAAGAGUUACCUAGAAUGGCUUCUUCCAAACGCCAGACGAAAAACUGGUCAAAGAGAUGCUCGGAAGCUAUCCAAACUAUGUUUCCCGAAGCGGCUAGCGUUGCUUUUGUUCCAUUUUGGGACUUUGAGAGGUCACGGUGGUUUGCAGGCUGUUUGUGUUGGAGCGAUAACCCACAUCGCUUACUCUCUCCCUCUGUCGAUUUAGUAUAUUUCAAGAUUUUCAGCAAUUCGAUCAUGAGGGAAUUGUCAAGACUGGAUGCUAUGGCUUUGGACCAGGCUAAAUCGACAUUUGUGGCUUCUAUAUCUCAUGAGUUGCGAUCUCCUUUGCAUGGAAUAUUAGGCACACUAGAGUUUUUUAAGGACACGCCUCUGGAUUCAUUUCAGGCCGGUUUGCUUAGUUCUUUGCAUGGCUGCGGAACAACCCUUCUUGACACCAUCAACCAAGUCAUGGACUAUGGAAAGAUCAGUGAGUCAAGAAACAGCAUCUCUUCGAAACGAAUCAAGAGCGACAAUACCAUAAGGCUGUCGUGCAAGCCAGUGAAGAGCCGAAGGAAGAGAGAUCCCGCUUUCGAUAUUGGCACUGCGACAGAAGAAGCUGUAGAGGCUGUAUUUAUAGGGUCAUCAUACGUCCCUGUCACCGCUAAACACAUCGAGGAACUUCCAUCUAGAACAGCGCAUGAGUCGACUCCUCUUCCGAAACGCAAUGUAUGCUUUGUCAUACUUGAAGUGGCAUACGAAGACGAUUGGAUUUUCUCUUUUCCAAUCGGAUCGUGGAGAAGGAUAGUCAUGAACUUGUUCGGAAAUGCUGUAAAGUACACAGAGUCAGGCUACGUUCACGUUUCUUUGCGUUCUAGUAAAUCAGCCGAAAACGCCAAUGCGCCUACAACGGUUAUACUUACAAUAACCGACACGGGCUUGGGAAUGAGUCCCAGUUUUCUCGCCAAUCGGAUAUUUGAACCCUUCUCCCAAGAAAAUCCACACUCACCUGGUACCGGACUGGGCUUGAGUAUAGUCCGACAGAUCAUCGACAUGAGCGGCGGGAAGAUUGAAGUCAGCAGCCAGCCAUCCAUUGGCAGCAAGGUCACCGUUAAACUCGCACUUACUCAUUCGGAGUCCUCAGAUUUGUUGAUGGCCGAGCACAGGCGGUUUCAAUCGACCCUAUCAAGAUUGCAUGGCUACAGAAUCUGCAUACUUUCUAAGAAAACGACAAGUUCUCCAGAGGAUGCCGAUUACUCACGAGCUGAAGAAGGACUUGUACGCUUCACCAAUGCGCUCGCCAACACUCUCGAAAAGCACCUGAAGAUGGACGUUGUAAAGUCUACCGAUUCUGAAUACAACGGUGCAGACAUUGUCAUUUGCCCAGAAGUAUCAUUCGAUUAUCUCGACAUUGUCCGUCGCCGUAGGACUCGCGAUCAGCGAGUCCCUGUCAUUAUCUUUAUUGGAAUGGACGCACUUGCAGCAGCUACUCUUCGUUCAGAUGUCCGUGUGACUUCCAAGCAGUCUGUAGUUGAGGUCAUAACUCAGCCAUGCGGGCCACACAAAUUGGCUUUUGUCCUGAAUCGAUGCCUGGAUCGAUACGACCAACCUGAUGAUAAUGUACAGCCUUCGAGGGCGGUCAGCCCCCUUCCCCAAACUGCAACGCAUGGAGUUGAAGAACUGAGAAUUUCCGUUCCGCCACCCAGCCCUGCUCAACCGAAUGAUAGAUCAUCGCAGGCUAGGUCUGCAAAGAAUGCUACUAAAUCUCCAACUGCAACGCCUACAGCGGAAGAAGAAUUGACAGCAUCCCAUAUACUUAUCGUCGAUGACAACAUGUUGAACCGAAGAUUACUCGUGGCAUUCAUGAACAAGAAUGAUUUACAACACCAAGAAGCGUCAGACGGUCUCGAGGCGCUGCGUAAGUAUCAAGCGGACCCACACAAGUUUGAGGUGAUAAUCAUGGACAUGUCGAUGCCGGUCAUGGAUGGCAUGGCAGCUACUCGGGCAAUUCGCAAACACGAGCAAAACCACAAUUUGCCACGCAGUUGCAUCAUCGCAUUGACUGGCCUCACAUCCUCAAGCGCUAGGUUGGAAGCAUGGAGCUCUGGUAUUGAUCACUACAUCACCAAGCCUGUGAAUUACCAGAAGCUUCGAGAGCUUUUGAAGAGCGAGAAAUCGCGAAAGGAUGGGCGUAGGAGAUCUGUAGAAGUCCCUGAUAAAGCAACCGAAGAGGCUGCAGAGGAUGUAGCUUGA